GCACCGUUUCACUGCGAGGAGCAGAGGGGACGGACCUUUCUCCAAGGAGGAAUUGUCCUGGGUUCGCACAGGGGGAUGGAGACUGCCAUGGUGAACCUGCGGGGUCUGUACGAGCAGCUGAUGCGCCAGGCCGAGGUCCUGAGCGAGGGAAGCGAAUACCAGUUCAUUCAGCUGGCCAAGAACUUCGAGGAGUAUCGGAGGAAAUGGCAGAAAACGGAGCACGAGCUGGGCAGGUACAAAGACCUGCUGAUGAAAACGGAGGCCGAGCGCAGCGCCCUGGACGUGAAGCUCAAACACGCCCGCAACCAAGUGGAUGUGGAGAUCAAACGGAGGCAAAGAGCUGAGAUGGACUGCGAGAAGCUGGAGCGGCAGAUCCAGCUGAUCAGGGAGCUGCUCAUGUGCGAUGCUUCGGGCAGCAUCCAGCUCAGCGAGGAGCAGAAGUCUGUCCUCGCCUUCCUCAACAGGCCAAAGGUUUCUGUGGGGGGCUCAGGAAGCAAAAGGCUGUCUACAAUAGACGAAUCUGGCUCAAUUCUGUCAGACAUCAGCUUCGACAAGACCGAUGACUCACUGGACUGGGACUCCUCCGUGGUGAAAGCUGUCAGGCUGAAGAGGAGGGAGAAGCGGCGCUCCUCCAGGCAGUUCACUGAAGGCCCACCAGGUCCUCAGAAGAAAUCCAGGUCCAUCAGCAACACAGCAGACCAGGCCAAUGAAUCCAUCGUUGCAAAGACGACUCUGAUGGUCCCCAACGAUGGUGGCCCCAUUGAAGCCAUUUCCACCAUCCAGACUGUGCCUUUUCCUCGCAGGAGCCGGAGGAAGAGCGGUCCUUUGCAGGCCUGGAACAGCGAGUCCAGCAUAGGCAGCAAGCAGCUGGAAUCCAAGUCGGACACUGACGGCUCCAGCACCCCCCAGCACGGGGGUGUGAGGCUGCACGACUUUGUUUCCAAAACGGUUAUCAAGCCAGAAUCGUGUGUCCCGUGUGGAAAGAGGGUGAAGUUUGGGAAGAUCUCCCUGAAGUGCCGGGACUGCCGCGUGGUCGCUCACCCCGAGUGCCGCGACCGCUGCCCCCUUCCCUGCAUCCCGACCCUGGCAGGAACUCCGGUCAGGAUUGGAGAGGGGACCUUGAUGGAUUUUGUCCCUUCCACUCCUCCAAUGAUCCCUUCCAUCAUCGUGCACUGUGUUAAUGAGAUCGAGCAACGAGGGCUGCAUGAGACCGGCCUUUACCGCGUCUCUGGCUGCGACAAGACCGUGAGGGAGCUGAAGGAGAAGUUCCUCAGAGCGAAGAGCAUCCCCCUGCUCAGCAAGGUGGACGAUAUCCACGCCAUCUGCGGCCUCCUCAAGGACUUCCUGCGCAGCCUCAAGGAGCCCCUUCUCACCUUCCGGUUAAACAAGGUUUUCAUGGAAGCUGCGGAAAUCCCAGAUGAGGAUAACAGUGUUGCUGCUAUGUACCAAGCGGUUGGAGAACUUCCCCAGGCCAACAGGGACACCUUGGCUUUCCUCAUGGUCCACCUGCAGAGGGUGGCCCAGAGCCCUGAUACUAAAAUGGACAUCUCCAACUUGGCCAAAGUGUUCGGCCCCACAAUCGUCGCCCACGCGGUCCCUGAUCCUGACCCCGUGACCCUCCUGCAGGACACCAAGAGGCAGCCCAAGGUCGUGGAGCGACUUCUGCUGCUGCCCAUGGACUACUGGAGCCAGCUGAUGAUGGUGGAGCAGGAAAACAUCGACCCAGCACAUGUCAUCGAGAAUGUCAAUGCCUACUCCACCCCCCAGACACCUGAGGUUCAAGUGAGCAUCCUGGGACCCCUCACCACCCCGGAGCAGAAGCUCUCCAAGACUCCAUCGUCCAGCUCCCUGUCCCAGAGGGUCCGGUCCACCUUCAGCAAAACCACUCCCAGGUUUGGGAGCAAAAGCAAGUCAACCACCCAGCUUGGGCAUCAGGGGAACUUCUUUGCCUCUCCCAUGCUGAAGUGAGGACCUGGGAGCUGGUCUCGUCCUGGCAUUUGCACACCAACAAGUCCAACAAGUGCAGGUUGUCCCCGUGGCCCCUCCCCGGCAGUUUUAUGUACUCAGAUGUUUUGCCUUCUUUUAUCUUUCAGCUUAACUGAGACUUCUUAUUGGGAUUUUAUUGUGCAAUGUAUUUUUAUUCCCUGAUGCUGUGCUGAAUGCAGAGCUGGUGGAGGCCGUAAUGAGCAGGGUUUGUUCAGUGUUUAAUCAUUAAAGCUCUAGAGGAACUGACUGACACUUUCACUAACACCUGGUUUGCUCCCCGUGUGAAGCAAUUUUGAGCUGGGUGGGGUUUUUUUAAGGCUCCACGGGAUGUUCUUGGCACAGCACUGCCCCAAACUUUGUCAGGACUCCAGGCUUUUCCAUCAGCACAGUCUGCAAUUCCCACCUGGCCGGUUGUGCAGCUGGAAUCCUGAGGAUGGCAGUGUUGGAUCGGUCUGGUGGGCAAAAGCCUCUCUUCCUCAGUGAAGCUCCCCAGGGGCUGAGGCUUCUCCAAAGGAACCUUUCCUACACUUUGUUCACAAGUGGGGAAGUUUUUGGAGGAGUGUGGAGAUGCAAACCCAAAGGAUUCCUGGGCAGCCUCGAUGGAUUAGGGCUGGGGAUGGGGAGGAGAGGGAGCAGUGGGACUGGCAGUCCCUUCUUUCCCCCCUGGGGACCUGUGACCUUGCCCAGGGCUGUGUGAAAAGACCUGGAACACACAGGAGUUUCCAAAGUGACUUUUUAUUGAGCUCUGGUAAAACUGUCCUGACUGUGCAGUGCAGUAAAUUCCUGAUGACCCACA